AUGGGGUUUAAGACCGAGUAUCGUGUACUGGAUCUAUACAUCGAUAUGUUCACCAGCGCCUUGUUGGCUGUAAUAGCUACAACAAGUGCUGCCAGCUUAAAUCCAGCAGCACGUGCAGCCGAUAAUGCCUUAUAUAGUCGUUAUGUGUGCCGCAACAGACCGGAUGGAUAUAAGACUAUGGUACCCGGUAGUUGUUCCAGCUACUAUCAGUGUUAUAACGGUGCUAGUGUGAAAGUGGAUUGUCCUGCUUAUUAUGAUGGUGUGAAGAAUAUUUGUGUUGAUCGCAAUCCUGGUUGUAUUGAGGAUCUCGCUAAGUAUCCUGCAGCUGCAAAAGAUGUUUCAAAUAAUCCAUGCUCAGGUAAAGUGAGUGGCUAUGUUGUGGGUCAAAAUCAAGCUCAAUGGUAUCAGUGUAAUAACAGUAAUGUGAUCAGUUCGGGUGUUUGUCCAAGUGGCCAAGAAUACAAUUUGGUUUUAUUGCAAUGUGGUGUUAAGUCGUCAUGCGGUGGAGAUGAUCAGCCGCCUUGCCAGGGACAAACAACAACACCACCUCCUUGCACAACUACAACUACGCCUUGCACAACUACAACUACGCCUUGCACAACUACAACUACGCCUUGCACAACUACAACUACGCCUUGUACAACUACCACAACCACCCCCGCUCCCUGUACAACAACACCUGCUCCUUGUACAACAACUCCCGCUCCGUGCACAACAACACCUGCUCCUUGCACAACACCACCCCCAGUGUGCCCAUCGUCGCUUCAAGUCAGUAACCAAGCAUCAGCACCGACUUACAGCAAACCAAUAGUUCAAUCGUUGAGGCCGAAUACGUUUGUGCGUCCAGCUCAACAACCGACCAGCAAUAUGAUGGUAUUACCACCGCAAUCACAUGAAUCCAAUAUGGAUCUGUAUAUGCGGUAUGUAUGUAAAGGUAAACCCAACGGUUUCAUGUUACCUUCGCUGCGAAGCUGCAACGAAUACUUCAUUUGCCGUAACGAAGAAACGCUCAAAGCGAGCUGUGGCGAUAAAUUCUUUAACUCAUUGAAGGGACAAUGUGAUUUGCCUGAGAAUACCGGCUGCAUUCAACCGUAUCAGCAGAGAAAUUAA